AAGAGAAGAAGAAAAAGAGGAGGAAGGAGAAGAAGGAAAAAAGGUUAACAUUAGAGACAGUUAUAAAGGUGACUGUGGUUGUAUGUAGAACCUCUGGAGAGCCAGGAUGCCGCUGGAGGUCCGAUGGCCGUUCCCACAAUGCCCUGCGCUGGCGUGGCGGGUCUCCAGCUCCUUCAUCAUGGGCAUGGUGGGAACGUAUUCCUUCAUCUGGACCAAGUACAUGAACUACAUGAUCGUCCACAACCAGGAGGUUCUGCUGGACCUGAUUGACCACCGGCCGUCAGACACGCCCCUCAUCACUUUGUCCAAUCACCAAUCCUGCAUGGACGACCCGCACAUCUGGGGUGUCCUGAAGCUGCGGCAUCUGUGGAGCUACAGGAAGAUGCGAUGGACGCCGACAGCGUCUGACAUCUGCUUCACCAGAGAGCUGCACUCCCGGUUCUUCAGCCGAGGAAAGUGUGUUCCUGUCUGCAGAGGUGAGUCCGAGCAAAGCCCCAGUUCCAGUUUCUGCACAAAUAAAAGACGCAGUAACAGUUUGUCUCCUGCAGGGGACGGUGUUUACCAGAAGGGCAUGGACUUUGUCCUGGAGAAACUCAACAAGGGAGAAUGGGUCCACAUUUUCCCUGAAGGGAAAAUCAACAUGACGGAGGAAUUUAUCCGCCUGAAAUGGGGUGUAGGUCGGCUGAUAGCAGAGUGCUCUCUGAAUCCCAUCAUCCUGCCGCUUUGGCAUGUAGGUUUGACCGACGUCCUGCCAAACGAGUCGCCCUACAUUCCUCGGACCGGGAACAGGAUCACGGUCCUGGUGGGAAAACCUUUCAGCGUCAAAGAGCUGGUUGAUUCGCUCCGAGCUGAAAACAAGAGCCAGAUGGAAAUGAGGAAGACGUUGACCGAUUUCAUCCAGACGGAGUUCAGGAACCUGAAAGCUCAGGCUGAAGGUCUCCACAGACAGAUAGAAACCAGAUCCUGAGGCUCGUUUCCCCUCCAAACAGCGAGCAGGACGGACUGACGGACGGACAGGUCGACAGACGGACGGAGCAACGGAUGUAGCGUUAGCCUGGUCAGAUGCUAAAACACGGUUUGGACUCUGGGUCGGGUCACUAACCUUCUGCUCUGGACGACAUGCUGGAUUUUCAGUUAAAUUAUGAAGAAAACGACGAUCAUCAGCGAUCGUUUUCUGUAUUUUGAAGAAACAGAAUCUCCAGUUGUUAAAUAAAAAGCAUGUUUUAAAGUGAAUUAGCGAACAGCUGCUGUGAUGCAGGUUGAUGGCUGAUCGUUUUGAAUGUAUGUUGAUCCAGAAAUUGUUUCUUCUGUGGAUUUUUAAUCAUUUCUGUUCCUAGUUUUCAGAUCAAAUCCAACCUGUGCCUCUAUUCACCUCACUUGUUUUUACAUUUGUUAUUCCUAAUUUUUAAUUCUCAUAUUUAAUUUAAAAUCAUUUCUGCUUUGAUUUAGCUACGUCAGGCUAGCAGUUUACGAAGGCGGCAAUUUAAAAUACAUUUAUGUUCUUUCUUCACUGUCUGCUUCGUGUUUUGAUGUUGAUUCUGAUGGAGAAUUCGACGUAAAGCUGCUCUUUAAGUGACCAGGAAGUGUUGUGCAGUUAAAGCGCCUGUGGAUUUACAAGCAUCUAUAAACUGAUGUCAGUCCUGAUUCGUUAACGUGCCAAAGCAUCAGCAGCUAAACACCUGGUUCUGUUUAUAUCUUUCCAUUUCCAUCAAGUUUUCUCUAAAAGUUGGACUUUUUCUGACUCUAUUAGCAUCUAAAUCUAACAGUUUUUACACGCCUCGACUCACAUUACAUGAUCUGAUUUUAUCACAGCAGCUUCCGUUUAGAUUUUGACCCCAUUUAAAUGUUUUUCCUCCAACUACUUCUAUGUUGAUUUAAUCUUCACACGUACAAUUUAUACAUGAAAAUAUUGAGAUUUUUCACUUCUUUCAUCCUGUUUUAUGCCAAAUAAUACGUCACUCUGCAAACCCAUUACUCUAAUUUUACUCCUCUUAUAUGUUCAACCCUUAAUUUUUCCAUCAAAACUACAAACUGACGUCUUUAGCCUGUUUUAUCUUUUAUAACUAAGGUAACUUUUCACGCUCGUUUACCUCAACGUUGUGCCACAUGUCGGUUAGGGAACCGUCUGGUUGAUUUCUGGUCUCUGUCUGAGGUCAGAGGUGCUUUAAUCUGUUUUCUGUCCUCUGGUUUCUGAUUCCUGCUCGGUUUUUCGUUUAUCUCUUUGCUGCAGCACCGAUCACUAUCACAGUUCUGGCUGAAUCGCUUUUACAGCCUGGCAGUUCAACACCAAACACUUGAUUUGUCAUAUUCUUGAUGGGUUUUUUUAUGGCCAUUAUGUGAAGGUUUUGGGAAAGUAUUGAUGUUUGGAAAAUGCUGGAUUUUCUGUAGAUCUACUAAGUUUUUGAAAUUAGCCCCAGCUUUAAUGCAUAUUUUGUAUAAAUAGAGAGUAUUUUAUCCCCAGAUUACUGACUUUUCUAAGGGAAACAGAACAUUAAUUUCCCAUUAUUUUAAGUGAAUCACCUUUCUGUCAUUGUUACUCUUUCCUCCUGUAUGCUUUCAAUAAAGCAUCUGACUUUUAAAGCUG